CACUGAGCACGCGCGCCCCGAGGCCUCCGAGUUCGGGUAGCAACACGAAUCACGUGGCUCCUCUCCGGCCAAUCAGCGGGACGCCAAGGCGGGGCGUCCAGCGGUGGCCCUCGGCGGGAGGCGGACGGCUUCCGGCAAUAAUUGGACGCUGCGGCUCGGUGUGGUUGGUGGCUGUCUCGUCUGGAAGGGACCCGCAGGAGCACGAUGCCGUUUCUGGGUCAGGACUGGAGGUCCCCUGGAUGGAGCUGGAUUAAAACCGAGGAUGGGUGGAAAAGGUGUGACCCCUGUAGCCACGAGCUCAGGAGCGAGGAUAGCCAGUACACCAUCAACCACAGCAUUAUCUUAAAUAGUGGUGAAGAAGAAAUAUUCAACAAUGAGUGUGAAUACGCAGCCAAAAAGAGGAAGAAGGAACAUUUUGGAAAUGACACAGCUGCUCACAGUUUUUAUCGUGAAAAAUGGAUCUACGUCCAUAAGGAAAGCACAAAGGAAAGGCAUGGCUACUGCACCCUGGGAGAAGCCUUCAACCGGCUAGACUUCUCAAGUGCCAUUCAGGACAUCAGGAGGUUCACUUACGUGGUCAAACUACUGCAGCUAAUUGCGAAGUCCCAGUUAACCUCACUGAGUGGAGUGGCACAGAAGAACUACUUCAACAUUUUGGAUAAAAUCGUCCAAAAGGUUCUUGAUGACCAUCAGAACCCUCGCCUGAUCAAAGGCCUCCUCCAGGACCUGAGCUCCACCCUUGGCAUCCUGGUGAGAGGGGUGGGGAAGUCAGUGCUAGUCGGGAACAUCAACAUCUGGAUCUGCCGCCUGGAGACCGUCCUCAGCUGGCAGCAGCAGCUGCAGAACCUCCAGGUGACAAAGGUAAACACUGGCCUCACACUCAGUGACCUGCCCCUGCACAUGCUGAACAACAUCCUGUACCGUUUCUCAGAUGGCUGGGACAUUGUCACCCUGGGCCAGGUAACACCAACCCUGUACAUGCUCAGUGAAGACAGGCGGCUGUGGAAGCGACUGUGUCAGUACCACUUUGCUGAGCAGCAGUUUUGUAGACAUUUGAUCCUUUCAGAAAAAGGUCAUAUCGAGUGGAAGCUGAUGUAUUUCACGCUUCAGAAGUAUUACCCGACCAAAGAGCAGUACGGGGACACGCUACACUUCUGCCGCCACUGCAGCAUCCUCUUCUGGAAGGACUCGGGACACCCCUGCACCGCAGCUGACCCCGACAGCUGCUUCACUCCUGUGUCUCCGGAGCACUUCAUUGACCUCUUCAAGUUCUGAUGGUGCACUCAGCCCCGUGCCCUUGUCUACAGCUGUCCCUUGUGCUUUCUGUGUCGUGUAGUUGGUGUGAGUAUUCUGUGACACAAGUGACGACAGGCUCAGUGACUGCCUGUACCUGUGCAACCCUCGCUUGCUCCUUGGAGAACCUGACAGGACGCUGAAGAUGUGCGGGCAGUUGUGCACCGUCAGUGAGGGAGAGAGACCCCGACUCCAUUUGUACUUCUUUCUUGACACUCUUCUCAGCUUAUAAAAUUUGCCGUUUUGUAUAUUUUUAAAUAUGGAUCAAAAAGAGUCUUGGAUACUCAGCCCCAUAUUUUGUGCUGAACUGACAUGAACAACCGAGAAUGUCCUUCUUGGUUGUCAAAAGACAGUUUUCCAUCCUACAGUAAUUGGGAUGAAGAACAAAACAGUUGAUCCUUGUAAAUACAUUAUGCAGAAUAUUUAUUUUUCUUAAAAUGUAUUUUCACAACCCCAGUGGCUGUGGCCAAAUGAGUCCUCAUUGAACACGAGAUGGAGCUAGGAAUGCACGUGGGGCUGUGAACUGGAUGCACUGGCCAUAGCUAGCAUCAAUGUCCCCGUGUUUCCAGGAACCCCUGCCAUGAGGCCAUCAUAGAUCCAGACUCGGGAUGUGGGCUCCAAACCAGAAUAGAGCCUCUGCCAAGGAGCUGGAAACAGCCCAGUGAGGCUGAAGUUCUCUUGUAGAAAUUCCUUUCCUGGGUAAAGUGAUGAGCCAUGUUUAUCUACUGAUCAGCUUCAUCAAAUUCGCAUCUAACUGAAUGGUAGUGUCUUUAAAAUGUGCUGUUUUAUUUUAAAAAUAAUGCAUGUGCACUUUAGAAAUUUUUGAAAAUAAAGAUACAUGAAAGAAAGUUAUAUAAUUUUUCUGCAACAAUAACUGUGCUUGCUAAAGUGAUGUUCAGCUGUGUCCUCCAUCAUCUAAGGAACCCUAGAGUCAGGAGCCCUAAGCGCAUCAUCUCUUUAAACUUCCUAAGCACAUUACAAUUUCUAACGGGCAUAGCUAUAGAUAGAGAGUAACCGCCUAGUUAUAGAUACAGAGUAACCGCGUAGUUAUAGAUACAGAGUAACCGCGUAGUUAUAGAUACAGAGUAACCGCGUAGUUAUAGAUACAGAGUAACCGCAUAGUUAUAGAUAUAGAGUAACUGCAUACUUCUAGAGUAACUGCAUAGUUAUACAGAUAAAACAUUUCAUUUUCCAGUCUUACACUUUGUCCUCAACUGACAAUUAGCCAAGAACAACAUUUAUAACUGCCACCUGAGUCUCUUUGACACAGUGCAGACACCCGGCCUCCUCGUGCACACUAAAGUCAGCAUUUCUUAAGACUAUAAACUAGCUGCCAGCCAGUCACAACCAGAGGACUAGGUACUGAGGUCCUGGUUUCCAUUGACCUCACAGAAUCACGUGGAUGGAGCAGCGCAUGCGCAGCAGGCUGGGUGUGUCUGUAAACCAACCAAGCAUACCUUCAGUGUAUUUCUUGGCUAUUUCCCGUGUCCCUGUCUGUUGCUUUGGGAACUUGCUCUUUAUUAGUUUUUAAAGGGUUCAUACUUUUUUUUAUUAGUGUGAGCACGUGUGACAGGCAGCAUGGGGAAGAGAGGGCUGCUUGGAUUCACGGUUUUGGGGGUACGAUCCACUGAGGCCCAGGAGACGGCUGAUGGCAGGCGGCAGGCAGGAAGCACAGUGAGGCAUGCAGGAGUUCUGCUCGCUUCCUCUUUUACAACAGGACCAGUUCUUGGAGAGCUUCAUGCGGUGUAUUUGAUCCCAUUCGUUCCUGCUCUCCAGCCGCACCCCAGCUCCCCACAACACCCCAACUUUGUUUCCCUAUUUGUAACAGCCCAUCGCUUCAGUUUGUGAUGCUCAUAUGCCCCUGGUAUGAACGAGGCUGUCCACAGAGCUUGAUCAACUUACUAGGAGCCACGCCCUUAAAGAAAGCCGACUAUCCACAAGCCAACAUACUAUAGUUCCUCAGGUAGGGGUGGAGGCUCAUGAACCCCUCCCCACUGCGUGCUAACAGCCUUGCUCUUGUGCAGAAAACCACCUCCGUGGUGGGUUCGUGAGUGCUGCGGUUCUUCCUGCCCAGUUCAGAACCUCUGUUUGGCGCCAGUCCUCCCUGCCCUCGGGCCUUACAGUCAUGCUGCCUCCUCUGCAGAGCUGAGGACUGUGACACGGGUAUCCCCACCUGUGCGUGAGUUCUCCAUCCACACUGACGCUCUCUGCUUCGACCAGCUGUGCAUUGCUUUCGCUUCCUUAAAUAAACAUGGUGCCAGCAUUUUAAAAAGUAUUACUAGCCGGGCAUGGUGGCACACACCUUUGAUCCCAGCACUUGGGAGGCAGAGACAGGUGGAUUUCUGAGUUCAAGGCCAGCCUGGUCUACAAAGUGAGUUCGAGGACAGCCAGGGCUAUACAGAGAAACCCUGUCUCGAAAAACAAAACAAACAAAAAAAAUUUACAUUAAUAAAGAAGUGUGUACUUUAUUAGCAUAAUUUUCACACUCUUUCCCUGCUUGCUAGUACUAAUUUCAGCUGAACACACAGGCCACACGCAGGAUUUGAUUGUGAUAAAACUCUGUUAUUCAUUAGCGUAAAUAUCUACAAAGUUGAUAGUUUUAAAUUAAAUUACCUUUGCACAUAACCACACAGACUCUCAGAUUUGGAUGCAGCAUGCCUCUACCUUGUGUUUAAAAAUAUUUUAUAAUCUCACCACCUUGAGAAUCUUCAGUAUAAUUGAAGCAAAAAGUUGAGAGAACUUUUCAAUACACAACGUCCAGUGAGAACAGAGAUUCCUGGUGGUUUGAAUGAGAAUGGCUCUCAUAGGCUCCUGCUUUGGAAUGGCUCUAGUUAGUGGAAUUGUUUGGGAAGGAUUAGGAGGUGUGGCCUUGUUGGAGAGGAUAAGCCACUGGGGUUGACUAUGAGGUUUCAGAAGCCCCCACCAGGCCCAGUCUCUUUUGCUCUGCCUGCAGCUUUUUGAGAACAUGAGAGCUCUCAGCUACUGCUCCAAUUUCAUGCCUCGCUGCUGCCAUGCCCCCAGCCUUGAAGAUCAUGGACUAACCCUCUGCAUCUGUAAAGUAAGCCCCCAAUCAAAUGCUUCCCUUUAUGAGUUGUCUUGGUUAUAGCAUCUCUUCACAGCAAUAGAGCAGUAACUAAGACAAGGUUUAUCAAAAGCCAUCUUGUUUGAGGCAAAAUAAAUAUAAACUUCAUA